GCAACUCCUCGAAGGCGUCGUCGAUGCCGGUGACCUGGUGCUGCUCGUGCAACGCGGGCUCGUCACAGAAGAAGCAGAGCAGCGCGCGGUCCGUGAGGCAGAAGAGCUUGACCUUGUCGUGCGCCUGGCAGGGUCGCGCGGCUCGGCGCGCGUUGAGGAUGGCGUCCAGCGGGAAGGCGCUGUAGCGCUCCACGAUGUUGGCCAGCUUGAGGCUGGGCGCGAGCGCGGGCUCGGCGAACGUGCGCCGGCACUCCGGGCAGUCGCGGGCGCCCUGCGCCUCCUGCCGUACCCAGUGCUCGGUGAUGCAGCGGCGGCAGAAGUAGUGCUCGCAGCCCAGGCUCACAGGGUCCUGGUAGAUGCUCAGGCAGAUGGAGCACAGCAGCUCGUCCUUGAGGCUGCACGCCAUGGCGCCAGGGGCGGUACGGAGUGGAGCCCGGGAGGCCGGAGGCCGGCGCGGCGCGAUCGGGGGCGUCACCCGGGGGCCAGGCCCACGGGGGCACGGGCGACAGGCGCUGGCGAGCGCGGGGGGUGCGGUCUGCCACGCCGGGGGCCCGAGGGCUCGGUGCCGAGUGGGGGCCACCCGGGAUGCGAGCCCCGGAGCUCGGUUUCCAGGUAUUGGAUGGCCACUGGCGAUGGGCGAUGGAGGAGAGAGGCCGAGCGCGUCCCGGGGAAGGGGCUCCAGGAGAGGAGGGUCUACAGGACCAGACAGUCCCGAGGGAUAAAUGCUGCGAGGAGGAGAUCCCGAGGGGGGGCGGGCGCCACAGUGGGGCUGGAAUUCCGGGACCCGGACAGCUUUGGGACCGGGGCGAGCUGGGGAUGGGGAAUUCUGCGGGACAGAGCAGCCAGACCGAGCCGCACCGCGGCUUUGCCCGGCAGAGCAGAGGAGGGGUGCCGGCCCGCUCAGCUGCCCGACCCUGGCCGCAGAUCCCGGCCCCGCGCGGCCCCUUACCCGCACCAGCUCAGCGGCCACCGCUUCGGUCCAGCGCAGCCUCUCAACCCGGAACCAGCCGAGCCGAACUGCCCGGCGCCCCGGCUCCCUCUCCGCCCCCGCGGGCGGGACCCAAACCGCUCCGCCCCCGCAGCGGGCGGGGGGAGGGGAGGGGCCUCCAGGCUCCAGACCCCGCCUCGCCUCCACUGUGCUCCUGACCCCCCUGGACGUGAAAACCAGCUGUUUCUUCCGAGUCUGCACAGCUGUCAGGUUUGCUUAGGGUCCUGGCGGCAGGGGCCGAGGGGACAGCUAAUGCAGGAAACGUGAGAGGACAGCGCCUAAGAAUACACCAUCCAGAAGAAAGGGCCAUGAAGCAGAAUGGCUCCCAGACAUCUCUUCCGGGAGAAUCUUCACUGGAAUUAAAUUCCGCUGAAGUAAAACUUAAGAAAGAAACGUUUAAGUCUGUGUAUGCUCUCCAUCACCCUCACCUGACUCCUGUUUCACCAUUGCAAGAGACAGGUUGGCUGCUCACGGGACAGCCAUUCCUUACACCCAGAGCCUGGAUUCUCUUUCCAAUAUGAUCACAGAAAGGCAGACCCCAGCCCAGCUCCAGGAGGGAGUUGUAUGUAAUCCAAAUCAUGAUAGUUGCAUCCCUCUUGCCAGGAAUGGAUUGGUUAUGUCUGACUUGAAAAAAACAAAAAACAAAAACAGAGAGAAAGACUAAGGAGAGGGGAGAGGGUAGUGGUUUCUUCCUGUUUUGGCAUUAGAGUAUCCAUGCUGUGCUUAGUCUGAGCAUGCAGCCAGUGCCUGAGGGAGAGUGAAGGGUCCAGGGGGCUCAAGGGAAGAGGAACUGGUGCCGAGCCUGGACUUUUGGAUAUGUAAGAUGGUCCAUCCCAUUGCUUAAGCAAGUUUCCUAGUGGCAGACCAUCACUUGGCAACCUAAAGAAUCCUGACUGAUACAUUAACAUAUAUCCCCUACCCCCGCCGCCCAAACAGAGCAGAGUCUAAAUUACUGAAACAACUGGAGAGAAAUGAGAAGAAGAAGAAGAAGAAGAAGAAGAAGAAGAAGAAGAAGAAGAAGAAGAAGAAGAAAAAGCAG